AUGACCUGCUGCUGGGUAAUUUAUCGUCAUGACACUCAGGCUUCUCAGUCCCCAGCCCACCCCAACAGAUCCCAGCCCACCCCUCAGUCCCCAGCCCACCCCCUCGACCCCAGACCACACCCUCUGACCCUAGACCACCCUCUUGGACUCCAGACCACCCUCUUGGACCCCAGACCAACGUCUCAACCCGCAGCCCACCCCCUUGGACACCAGCCCACACCCCUCGGGCCCCAAACCACCCCCUCAGCCCCUAGCCCACCCCCUCAGACCCCAGACCACACCUUCACACCCCAGCCAACCCCGUCAGCCCUUAGCCCACCCCCUCUGACCCCAACCCACCCCAACAGAUCCCAGCCUACCCCCUCCGACCCCAGCCCACCCCCUUGGACUCCAACCCACCCCCUCGGACCCCAGCCCGCCCUCUCGGACCCCGGUACACGCCCUCCGACCCUAGUCUACUCCCUCGGACCCCAGUCCACCCCCUCAGCCCCCGGCCCACACCCCAGCCUCCAGACCACCCCCUCACCCACCCCCUCAGGCCCCAGACCACCCCCACAGAUCCCAGCCCACCCCCUCCGAUUCCAGCCCACCCCCUCGGACCCCAGACCACACCCUCCGACCCUAGACCACCCUCUUGGACUCCAGACCACCCUCUUGGACCCCAGACCAACGUCUCAGACCUCAGACCAACGUCUCAGCCCCCAGCCUACCUCCUUGGACACCAGCCCACACCCUUGGACCCCAAACCACCCUCUCGGGCCCCUAGCCCACCCCCUCAGGCCCCAGACCACCCCCACAGAUCCCAGCCCACCCCCUCCGAUUCCAGCCCACCCCCUCGGACCCCAGACCACACCCUCCGACCCUAGACCACCCUCUUGGACUCCAGACCACCCUCUUGGACCCCAGACCAACGUCUCAGACCUCAGACCAACGUCUCAGCCCCCAGCCUACCUCCUUGGACACCAGCCCACACCCUUGGACCCCAAACCACCCUCUCGGGCCCCUAGCCCACCCCCUCAGGCCCCAGACCACCCCCUCAGAUCCCAGCCCACCUCCUCAGACCCCAGCCAACCCCGUCAGCCCCUAGCCCCACCCUCGGACUUCAACCCACCCCCUCGGACCCCAGCCCGCCCUCUCGGCCCCCAGUCUACCCCUUCAGACCCCAGACCACCCCCUCAGCCCCCGGCCUACCCUCUCAGCCCCCGGCCCACAUCCUCAAAUCCCAGACCAUCCCCUCAGACCCCAGACCAACCCUUCAGCUCCCAGACCAAACUCUCAACUCCCAGCCCACCCCCUCAGACCCCAGCCAACCCCCUCAAUCCCCAGCCCACUUCUCAGAUCCCAGCCGAUCCCUUCGGGCCCCAGCCCACCCCCUUGGACCCCCUUGGACCCCAGCACACCCCCUCAGACACCAGCCUACCCCUUCAGCCCCUAGACCACCCCCUCAGUUCCCAGCCCACCCCCUCAGACCCCAGCCCACCCCCUCGGGCCCCAGACCACCCCUCAGACCCCAGCCCACCCCCUCCGACCCCAGUCCACCCCCUCAGACCCCAGACCAUCCCCUCAGACCCUAGCCCACCCCUCAGACCCCAGACCACCCUCUCGGACCCCAGACAAACAUCUCAGCCCCCAGCCCACCCCCUUGGACCCCAGACCACCCCUCAGCCCCUAACCCAACCCCUCAGCCCCACCCCCUCCCACAUUCACUCACUCCCUGAGGGUGCAGCCCAUCUGAGCUUCACAUUAAAACCCCCUUCCUUUACACAGGAAAUUACUUUUCCAUUUCUGAAUUAA